AUGGCGCCCACUUACUGGAUUCGCCGUCGGCUUCACUCAAGCAUGGUAGCAAACCAUAUUUUUUCUUUCAAUGCAACCAAGGUUAUAUCGCAACAUCUAGAGAAGAAUGCCUUUUGCUUCACAAGUACGAGACAAUUAUUUGAUGGCGGAGAAUGGGAAGACGUCAGACAUUUUAGGGAACUUGAUUCGAUGCCUUUUGAUGAGAACGACGAAGAUAUGCUGUUGCAAAUGACGGAAGGUACAGAGCGGAUGGGCGGGGGUUAUUCAAGCAGGCAAACAAAUGCCAACCCGAAUGAACAUAAUACUACAGAGUCAGUUAAAACCACCAUCAUUAUCAGCUACACUAGUAUCAUGGUAGAAUCCCAAACGUUUCAAUUUGUAACUCCGAUUUUAAAUUCAAGUAUAUUACGGUCGCCAGAUAACCGAAGUGAUCUAUUGGUGAUUUGCUUAAAGAAUCUUCAGCUACUAUUAGUAGAAGUACUACUACAAAGUGAUGGUGAAUUCGAGUUAAAGAUACUUACUAGAGUAUACCUAGAAGAACCUGAAGAAUCACAUAAUUGCAAUAGGCUGGAGUCAUUAGGUCAUCAUGUAGCUUGCAACUCUAAUGGCAAAGUAAUCGCCAUUACGGGCAUGAUUAACAAAGUUAGGUUCUUGAAUUUGUAUCCUUCUCCCCGAACAAUUAAUUGCUAUAUUGAAGGACCUAUUUUGCACCAAUGCUUUCUUGAACCGUUUGCUCCUGAAAAUCUGCAAACACAUGUCAUGUACCUUAUUUUAUCACAAAAUGUUGACAAAAUUUUGACAAUUUCAUUGUUGGAGUUUGAUCAGCUAAGGUUGACAGAUACUUUCACACUUCAUAGGCCACUAUUACUUCCUCGAGAUUUUCCACUUCCAAAAUUUGUUAUACCUAUGAAAAGAACACAUGGUGUACUAUUAUGUGCGGAACGCCUCCUUUGUUUCAAGGGUGUCAAUUCUAUUCUGAGCCAAACUGGAUUAGACGACGUCACAGUUUAUUUAGAAGUGUUUAACCCCAUCAGUUAUUUUGUUUUGGACAGUCCCAUUGCUUCAAAAAAUUCAGAGAAUGAAUUUUUAGAUCAAGUGAUAAUAAAUGAUGCCCUAGGAAAUUUUUGGUUAGUCGAGUCUUAUCGGCAAGAUAGUUUUAUUUGGAAUUUAGAAUGUGACAAAGUUGGUACGUUUUGUCCAAUGUCAUCGUUUGUACUACAAAAUCAGAAACCCUCAUCUUUCAAAAUUUUGUAUGCUAAAGACUUUGGCGACAUUUCUGAAGGUCUUUUUGAUUUGAACUCGAAUAACAAUUACUCCAUUACGAAGUCAAAAACGAAGAUUUUGAAUACGAUUCCCUUACUGGAUUAUCAGCUCGUCCCAUCUCCAAACGGAAUACUUCACCGGACCUCUUCUUCUCAGCAGCUAUGGUGUGUUGGAGGAACUACUAGUUUGAAAAGUCAUCCUGCUAUUUGGAAUAUCCAUAGAGGGAUUUCUGCAAGAAUUGUUAAUCCCUCAAUACCAUUCAAAUAUGCAGACAAAUUAUAUUACUACGGAACAGUAGAUGAUGCUAUAUACUUCAUCAUAAGCUUUCCAAGGCACUCACAACUGCAUUGUCUCAACAUCACAUCCGCAGUAACUCUAAUAGAGGAUUUCACAAUUGAUAGUAAAACAGUCUUGUUCGAAAGUAUUGGAGUUGAUUGUGAUUACAUUUUAGUUACGGAGAACUUUGUCAGAAUUGGAAAUUUUCUGGACUUGGACUCUUCUUUACAGGUCGAGUUACCCGAAAAAACGCUAUUAGCAAGUUUCAAGGGCGGAUACCUGGUAUUGACAAGUUCCAUGGAAUCAGAAACCAACUUAAUGGUUUACAAGUUAAACUUGGAGGAUUUCCAGUUCAAAUCUACAGAAGAAAUUUUUAAACCCAUUCCGCUCAAUACCCUACAGGACAUAGAGCCAUCACUUUUGAAACUAUUCUUUCACUUCCAUGAAAUUUUUUUGCUAGUAGGCACCUUUGACAAUAUUUUGUAUCUAUACAGAAUGAAAAAUGGGCGUUUCGAAAUAGUAGGAACUGUCUCAUUGGAUAGCAUUGACGGUUUUCGAAUACCCCACGACUGUAUGAAGAUUCAUGACAAAAAUGAACCAGAAUUUCUGAUUACCUCUCAAAAUGGACACUAUAUGAUUUGUUCAUUACACAUCACAGUGUCAUCAGUCACCUUAAAGGUUCUCCGCUCCGUUCAAAUAGGGGAUAGUUAUGUUCAAAUAUCUCAUGCUGAAAGCAGUUUAUACUACCUUACUUGCAGAGUCAUUUGGAAACUGAAUCUUUCUAAGUCUAUGUAUCCAGAAAAACUGUUUAUCGGAGGCAAAAUGGAUAAAGGUAUUUAUUCAACGAUGUUACUCCCCAAAAAUGAGUACAAAGCGUGCGACAAUUUGUUGGUUGCCAGAAAUGAUAAAUUAUUGUUUCUUGAGGUUGAUACAUUCUCAAGUAGUAUUGUGUCAAAAUUCAAGCUCCGCAAUCCCCCAUUGAAGAUGGCGUACAUGGAACAUAUGUCUUCUUUUGUUAUCAUUUCAGCAGAACUGACACAGAGAAUCUCAGUAUUUAAUCUUAAAAGCCGAAGAGAAUUGCCAAUGAUAAUUCCCUCAACAGUUUUUGAAUCCGAAGAAACUCCGUCCUGUUUAUGCCAAUGGGAGCUCGAGAGAGAAUCAAGAAAAUACGUCCAUUUAAUCGUGGGAACCAAAAAGGGUACGCAUGGGUCGAUAAAGCUGCUAGCCGUUUCUCAAAGCAACGAAUUAAUUACAGCCACCGAAAUUUACUCCUGGGAUGCACAAAGUCAGAUAUUGAGUGUUGUAACACUUAAUGAUAGCUCUAUCUUGUUCUCAUCGGGGAAAACCCUCUAUUUCACAUACUACGAUGAGUCGAAACGAAAACUUUCGACACCGACAUUGGUCUAUUCUGGAACUUCCGAUAUUAUUGCAUUAAGCUCAAAUGACAACAUGAUCAUUGCAACAACCUUCUCUAACUCAUUCAAGAUAUUCUAUUAUUCUCCAACUACUCGGUCUUUUAGUCAAGGUCCUUGUGAUAAGAUGUCUCAGAACCUAAUCGGCAAGUGCUUGUAUGCUCAAUAUUUGAGACCCGCAUCUAAUAGCGAACAGGACAUAACAGAUGAAGGAUCUAUCAUAGUCAGUGAUAAAAUCAACUGCAAAUUAUUUGAAGUGAUGAAAACUACAUCCUGGGAUACUACUGAUAAUUCUCUAUUCGAAGAUCGUCUUCCUAUAGUGUCAAGGCUGUCCCAAAGUUCUUUGCGCUCCAUGUGGUACAAAAAAUCCCAGGAACAGAAUUCAGACCAAUUUCUCGCUGGUGGAGUAAAUGGCGAGUUUUACAUUUAUGAGAGAGUGAAGAAGACUCAUUUUAAUUAUCUGAGGAGGCACCUGGAUAAUUGUAAACGGCUAGUACUAGAAAAGUAUUCGACAGGUCUGAUAGAUUGCCCUUUUGAGUUUUCUUUGCCAGCACUACUUGAUCGCAAAGAAAAAAAUGUUAUUAAUGGUGAUUUUUUAAAUCGCCAAGAUCCAUUUGUAGAUUAUAUCUUGAGUCGGCAUACUCUAUAG